AUGAAAACAAAACUUCAGAACUUGGAGACUCUAACAAUUGGAGCUUCCUUCAAUCUCCUUCCGACAUUUCUCAUUGCAAGGGAGGAGUAUUGCAGUGGCGACCAACGCAGGUGCGGUAACGACAACAACAAUAGCGAUAGCGACCAACGAAGGUGUGGCAGCAGCAACAAUACCAACAACGAGAAAAUUUUGCUUAAGCGAAAAUUCCUUAACUUAAGCGAAGAUGCAAUUGAGACAAACCUAAAAUCAUUGGGAUUUUUUUUGCUUGAGUGA